AUGACUCAACUUGAGGAUGAAGUAAAUGGACAGUUUCCACCAAUGAUUCUCACACCACAAACUACAGUAGAGUUUAAACUAAACGAACCAAUUCCUACGAGUACAGUAAUGUACUCGGGUCCCACCCGUAGAAUUCAUUUUAUAGAUUCUAGAGGAGUCAUCCGCCCAAUAGAGUGCGAAAGCGCGAAAAGCGUUCCAGACAUUACUAAUCUCACACCAACCACCUUCUUUCUAAUGACACACACGGCGCAAUACCUCGAACAAGGGGAGACGCCUAUCUCUGCUAUCUUGCAAGGUGGAUACAACCACCCACUUGCGCGCGAGUGGCAGAGCGAACGUCGUCUCGACAAGUCGAUGUUCAUUUUCCCGCUUUUCGUCUCAGACAUUGAUGACGAGGAAACAGCCAUUCCUUCGUUGCCAAAUAUCAAGCGGUACGGCGUUUCGAAGUUGGCGGACUACGUGGGGCCUCUUGUGGAAAAGGGAUUGGCUGCUGUGAUUUUGUUUGGUGUGAUUUUGAAGGACGGCGUCAAGGACGCUCAGGGGACUGCGGCAGACGAUCCAGACGGGCCUGUGAUCCGCGCGGUGCGCCUUCUCCGCGAAAAGUUCCCCAGCCUCUACAUCAUGUGCGACGUUUGCCUUUGCGAGUACACCUCGCACGGCCACUGCGGCAUUUUGUGCGACGAUGGCAGCAUCAACCGCGCGCCCAGUGUAUCGCGCAUAGCGGCGGUAGCGUUGGCUUACGCCCGUGCGGGUGCGCACUGUGUGGCGCCCUCAGACAUGAUGGACGGGCGGAUCGGCGCCAUCAAGCGCGGGCUUAUAGACGAGGGCUUGGACAACCGCGUGCUUGUCAUGAGUUACCUGGCCAAGUUCAGCGGCAACUUGUACGGACCUUUCCGCGACAUUGCUGGCAGUGCGCCUUCGCACGGCGAUAGACGUCUGUACCAAUUGCCUGCGGGCGGUGCUGGGUUGGCGCGCCGGGCCUUGGUUCGCGAUAUUGCCGAGGGCGCCGACGCUUUUAUUGUCAAGCCAUCGACUUUUUACCUCGAUGUUGUGAGCGAAGCGUCGCGCAUUUGCCGCGACUACCCACUUUGUGUGUACCAGGUGAGUGGCGAGUAUGCCUUGUUGCAUGCGGGCGCGGCCCAAGGCGUGGUUGACUUGAAGGCCAUUGCCUUUGAGGCGCACAAUGGCUACUUGCGCGCGGGCGCGCGCUUGUUCAUCAGUUACUUCACGCCCGAGUUCUUAGAGUGGCUCGACUGA